GCCAUGCCACUCCCUGACUCCAAUGUCAAGGCCGAGAUCGCCCUCCAUGCAGAAGCGUUGGCGAGACACUGAGCUGGAACCACUGCCAUCGCGACGUCAUUGUUUCCCUAAAUUUGGCUCAUGAAAAAAGCUCAAACCUCGCGCAGUAAUUCUACUGCUCCGUCUAAACAUAGCAUUCGAGGCCGACUUUUGCAUGGAGCGGCAAAGUUUGGGAACCAAAUUUAAUGCGAUGGACUGCUGCGCUCCGACUUAGAAGAGAAGAGAUCCAAGCUCUUUUUCGGACCAGUUUCCGAGAGAUAUGAGAGGCAGGAGAGAAUGGAGGCCCAAGGGAGGGCUCACGCUCUGUUCCUGUCUCUGGCUGUCUUUCCUCUGUUGCUUCCUUGCGUUUGCUUGCAGAGGUUGUUCGGAUCUCUGUUCCUCCGGUUGUGGAAGUGGGAGGACGCCGUCGCCGCGGGAGGAACUAAUAAGUGCGGAGGCGGAGGUGGCAGAGGAGGGGAAGCGGCUGAGGAGGAAGCUGAUGGAGCCGGGGUCGCAUCCGCCGAGGUGUGUGGACAAGUGCGACGGGUGCGCGCCGUGCAGGCCCUUGCGCGUGCGGGUGCCUCCGGCCGCAGCGGCGGAGGCAGAGGAGGCGGCGGAGUACUACCCGGAGGUGUGGCGGUGCCAGUGUGGCGGCCGCUACUUCAUGCCGUGACGCCGCCGGCCGUGAGGUUGUUUUCCGGUGGCCGGAGUGGAACAUGAGAAGAGCCACGUGGCCUUGUAUUACUG